UUUUCUGGUUACCUUUUAUUAAUACAAAUCGUUACACAGUUGUUUUUUUAAUAUUUAUACCAACAAUAAUAUUAUGCGCUUGUUUCAUGCAAAUAAAGUAUAUUGGCGUCUCAAACACAAACCCGGAAGUAUUAAGUUAUGUCAUAAUGGCAAGUCACAAGCUAUUGUAACGCAACCACAUGGGACCAACUUUCCACUUAUUCUACCAACUACAAUAGUAUGGGACCCUGACACUUUUUUAAAAGCUAAAAAUAUGGUCUGUGGCCUAUGCUUAGGUAAAGCCUUUGGUGUACUUUUGGAUCAGAUUUAUUUUAAAGAACCUCACCAUAGCCGGUUUACUUUAGAUUAAAAUUCCAAUAAAGUACUCCGUUUAAUAUAAUAUAAGGAUUAUUAUAAUUGUAUACGAUGACCAUUUAAAAACAAAGCCAUUUCUUCUAUAACUUUUAGUUUCACGUCGUUAUAGCCUUUUAAUACAGACGGGAUAAUUGUAAGCAUACUUUGAAUAAUGUUAACGGAUGUGAGGUCUGUAAUAACCGCUACGCGUUCAGACCAUUUUUAAUUGAUCUAUUAUGUCGUAACAAUAGGAAUAUAGUAAGGAAAGACUGCCCAUAGAUUGCUCAUAAUAAGAUAACAGAUUAUGGUAAGCAGGUCGCAUACGGCUACGUUGGUUUGGCGGUUCAACUAUUUUAAUAUAAAAUUUAAAUACGCAAUGCUUUGUAAACUAACCGAAGUACAGUUAUAUUCAUACAGUUUAGUGGUUAACCCAAAUAUACAAUCUGUUUUAACAAUUAUAAGAACAUUUUGAACUGUUGUUAAAAGGAACGAGUAAAUAUGUCUUAACGAGUAAAUAUGUUGUUAAAAGGUCUUUAAAUAUGUCUUAUACAAACAAAACAUACGUUGAAAGUGAGGGGACAUAUCACUACGUAUCACCGACAACUGUAAAUUACACAACAGCUCGAUCGAUAUGCAAGGAUGACUUUCAAUCCCAACUUGCUGUGCUUAAUACACAACAACUGUUUGAUAAAGCAAAGUCUUUAAAUGGGGCUGGAACGUUUUACAUUGGGUUGCAUCGACCGAACAACGCAGCAACGUACCAGUGGCUGGAUGGAAGCGCAUUCGACCCAUCUUUGAUAAACGGGCCAAGUAUAACGAACGGAAACGCCCCUGGCUGUCGAGGAGUGGUGAUGCAGAAACUAGGUCAAAGUAAUCCCGUGGAUUUAAUUGCAUACGAAUGUAAUUCCGGUCAGAAUGUUCUCUGUUUCACUCCCGCCCCAAUAACAACAGGAACACAAGAAGCAACGACGAGUCAAUCAUUGGGCUUUACAAUCAGCUACGACACAACGACAACAACACAAGAAGCAACAAUAACAACUAAACAAGAAGCAACAACGAGUGAAGCAUUUUCUACAACCAGCUACGACACAACGACAACUACACAGUCCCCUACAGCCAACACAGUGCUUACCAAGGUACAACCGACCACUCAACUCUACAAUUCAACGCAGACGACAACCACGGGGUUAACAAACACACAAAGCGCCAACGCUGGUGGUCUGCAACUUGGUAUCGUUGUGGGGAUUCCUCUGGGUGUGGUGUUUUUUCUAGUUUUGCUUAUAGCUUUCAUAGUUUGGUUGAAACGUCGCGGUGGCGAUAAAAGCAACGAAGCAGAUGUGAGCUCGAACGCAAAUAAACGCCAAGUUCGUCCAACGGCCACAUAUGACGUAGUUAGCAACGACUGUAACGUAGGAAUCGACCAUAGGUACGAGACAAUACUUCCGGUUGAUGAAAGAGGGUACAUUGAUCUCGGUGACGUCACAAGAAACGCGGGAGAACGCGAUGCAACGCGACAAAUCAUGAACAAUACAGAGUCGGAGUAUUGCAGGAUGGACCCACUGAGACCUGCGGAAACAAAUAAUCCGUACCUUGUACCAUUACCAGCACCAUGAAAGAUAUAAC